AUGCUUUCUGUUGUAUCGAAAAUAUUUAAAGUAACAGAACUGUCAACUUCUCGUGAAAUUUACGAUCAAAUAGUAAAUUUCCUUGAUUGGUCAUUCAAAUUUAUUGGAUGUGGCAUUUUAUCGACUGAUUUUAAAUUUACGAAUCCAUUACUAAUGAUUUUAUUAUUGGACUUUGUGACGUACAUACCAAUCAAUAUCUACGAUGUAUAUCUAUUCCGUGAUGACUUUAUUCGCGAUAUGUUCUGCUUGGUUACGUUAGGCAAUGGCUUUCAGGGUGGAAUUAAACUCUACACAUUUAUAAUGCAAAGGGACAAUUUAUUAGAGAUAUUUUCAACAGCUGAAGAGUUUAUAGAGGAUAUGAAGAAUAGGGACUGCUCUGAAAAAUUCAAAAAAUGGCUGAUAAUAUCCUGUCAUAUCAUAUUAGGCGUGGUGAUUCUGUUCUUACUUGGCGGUGCUUUGGUAUUUAUCUAUCCAGCUGUUGUAUACAUUUUUAUAGGCAAGAUAACUUUACACUUUGGAUUUAUUCUGCCAACAGUCGAUCCAGAUUCAAUUGUUGGUUAUUCAUUGAACUUGAUUCAUCACACACUGCAAAUUUACAUAACAGUUCUGGCCUUAUUUACGACUUUAAAUAUGACGGUGUUUAUCAUCAUUAUUGCACUUGCAAAAUAUGAAUCUUUUUAUGUUAUGCUCAAUCAACUUAAUGUUCUUAUCGCAUCCAGAGUUCAAGAUCAAAAAAAAAUUAAGGAGAAAUUUGAGGAAAUAAUUCAGGAACACGUCAAACUGAUUGAUUAUUUGAAAUAUUUUAACAAAAUAUUUUCAUCCUACUAUCAAGUGGAAAUAUUCAGCAUUGCAUUUCAGACAACUGUGACUCUCUUCACUUGCUCGAUUGAUAUUCAUUUUCUACCAGGAUAUCCAAUCUUAGUGGUUGAUCUUUUUCAAAUCUUUGCACCAUGUUUGCUAGGCACGAUACUUGAACUUCAUUGUGACAAAUUUUUUAAUAAGCUGGCUGAGCUAUCAUGGAUUCAUUUACCAUUGCCAAUGCAAAAAUCUGUUUUGAUUAUGAUGCUUCAAGCACAACCUACUCACAUCGAAGAGCUUUUCGGAUUCAUUGAAUUGUUGUUGAAAAAAUUGUUUGAUCUCAUGGAGUUGAGUUACGGUGAAGAUUUAUGGAAUUGUGAGGAGAAAUUUACGAUUGGAUACGAGGAACUAAUUGUAAUUGUUACAUUGGCUAUUUAG